AUGAAUCCCGAGGGCCACCAUGCGAUGAAUGGUUAUCGCCCUGAUAAUGUCGCGUCAACAAGUUCAGACGUCUACAACGAUUUUGGUGCAAUGCGUACGAAUCAACAUCAUUUCUCCCCAAACCUUCAGCAGCAGCAAUUACAGAUGCCGCAAUCAAUGCAACACCAUGGAUCCCAGCACCAAUGGCAAGAUCUAAUGAUGCAAAUGAACAAUCCUCAGUUCAGUGGCAACGCUGCAUCCCUUCAGAACCAACAACAGUUCAACACUGGCUCUUGGGCGAAUCAGAUGCCUCCCCCGCAAGCAUUUCCAGGUGCCAUGGCCAUGUCGCUUAAUGUGUUGCCCACACAGAUUUUACAGGAAGCGAUGGCAAUGUCGAACCCCGUAGAAGCAUCCGAUGAGCCCACAUUGCUCACAAAACUACUUAGCAGCGCGAGACGGCAGGAAAGCUACAAAGAUGCUUUGAAUAGUCUGCAUGGGAAAAAUGGCCAUUCUGCGAGUCUUUGGAAAGACUAUUAUCUUGACCAUCGAGUUCGUCUAGAUGCAUGGAUAUCAAUGUGCCUUCAGAAAGAAAAGGAGAAAGAAAAAGAAGGGUCUUCUUCCUUGAACGCUAACAAGCAUUCUACACCUUCUGAACAAAAAAGACCAUUGCCAACAGCCAGGAAACCUUCGCCUUCAUCCUUCAGGCGGGAAGCGUCUCAAACUUCGUUUUCGCGUGUCUCCGUUCCAGUUCCGUCUAAACGCCCUAAAAAGAGGUCUAGUCAACAUUCAACACCACCCAUUGUUACAGAUCAACCGCAACCAGGACGUCGAAAUACUAUUAACAGUCUCACGGCACCAUCUCCGGUUUUUGGUGGACGCCUUCCUGCACCUAAUGCUGAAAUCAAGAUACCCGAACCCCCGUCACGGUCACCUAGUCCGCCUACUAAUGUUGUACCUCUUCGCGGGCGUGGCCACAAGUAUACAAAAGAGGACCGAGAAUUUUUUAUCAAAUUUGUCGGAUGGAGUUUGAAAAAGGAUCCAUCACUAACGAGACUCGAAAUAUGUGAACGACUUGCAGAAAAGGCUUCUCAUCAUUCCGCCCAGUCGUGGGCCUCUCAUUGGUCGAAUAACCAUGACGUACCUGAUAAAAUCUUAGCUGCUGCCAGAGGCGAAGAAUACAAGUCAAGUUAUUCCAGUUCAAAUGAAGAACACGACAUGAAGGUCACUGCGAAGCGUCGACCAAAAUAUAAGGAUAUUUCCACAAGCGAAGAAGAGUCAAAUGAAGGUUCCGACGUCGCCGAUCAGCACGACGAAUCUGAAGACAAUUCUGAUGGAGAGGAUUUGACACCACUGUUGCAGUACUCUGACAAGGAAAUGGGGCAAAGGGGUGAACCAUUCAACGACGCAGAUCUCUAUGUCACCGCAAAAUACAUUGCUGCAUUUACCGACUGGGAAGCUGCAAGCUCUAAAGAACGAUGGGACCCUUACCAUGAGAAGUAUCCUCAAAGGUCUGCCAAAUCAUGGGGAGAAUACUACCGCAGGAACGAACGUGCUCUUAUGAAACUGGUCAAGAGGCUUCGCAGUGAACGGGCUAAAGCUACUGCAUCAUCAUUCCAGUGUGCUCGACCUACUCGGGCGCCGCCGAAAACUAAGCGCAAAUAUGAUUAUGAUUCGAGCGAAGAAUCAUUCGUAAAACGCGGGAAGGCGGACUAA